AUGGCCGACUCACGUAAAAUCAAUGCAACAAAUCACUCACACCCAGUCCACUUGGACUACACAAACCAACCAAAUCAGCACCAACACGAACAAUACGACCAAUCUGAUCGCGGUAAUGUAGAUUACAAUUUGACACAAAACAAUUACCAGGCCUACGCAAGCCAUACAAUGGACGAAGAAUAUGAGUCUCAAUACAACACGCCCACAACAAGCGCGCCUCCAGGCCCUCUGCGCUACGAAAUCGGACGGUAUGUGCCGUCUGACGGCUACUUCGACUGCGACAUGUACGUCCUUGUGAAAGAUGCAGGACUCAACAAGACAAACUGCUUUGGGUGCGCUCGGCCGUCCUCGAUAUGUAAACCAGGGUUCCCAAAUUGUCCGCCAGAUAUAAGAUGUAUAUUUUGCGAAGAGCGCUUCGAUACGCACCCAGGGUCCAGCCCAUUUUGCCACAAAAUGUGGGCGUUUACGAACUUCUUGCAGAAAUACGCAGGCUGGGACAUGUCACGCGGUCUCCCAGAAGGCAUUCCGGUCAAACCGAACGCUAAGGAAGCGAAAUACCUCAUUGAACAAGGUUUCAUGAAAUCGACGCAAUACUACGACCAUAAUAUGGUUCGAAAAGAGUUUUACCAAUGGCUGGACCCUGUCCGAGAUCCAAGGAUACCUGUGCACAACUUCUAUGGUUUGACCAAGAACCAGAAGACUAAACUCCUCAAUGAACAAAACAAGGAAGUUGAUGCGCGUGGCUAUAGAUUCAGAGCGCACCAAAAGCAGAAAGCGGCACAUGGGCCAGUCACUCUAGCAAAGGGCAAAAAGCGGGCAUACAGCGACGAGACCCACGACAAUGCGAUGCCACCACCUACUGCACCAACAAAGCGACAGCGGCAAGACGACAACACUUCACACUAUGGAUACCAUACUCCUGCUCGAAGAGACUAUGUCGACUCGCCCCCUCUGCCAACAACUAUGCAGGAGAACACGGCAAAUAGGUUUGGUCAAUGUGGAAUGAGGGACGUCCAAGAUGAUGUGUGGGCUCAGAGGGACUCUUUGCCUCUUCCAACAACCCAGCAGGCCAUAUUGGUGAAUGCGUCAGACAUCAAAGACAAUAAGCGGGCUCAGAGGGACGCUUUGCCUCUUCCUACGACCCAGCAGGCUAUGUUGAUGAAUGCGAUAGACAUUAAAGAUAACAAGCAGGCUCAGAGGGACGCUUUGCCUCUUCCUACGACCCAGCAGGCCAUGUUUACAAAUACGAGAACGGAACAAGACUACAAACAGGCUCAGAGGGACGCUUUGCCUCUCCCUACAACCCAGCAGGCCAUGUUAACAAAUACGAGAAUCGAACGAGACAAUAAGCGGGCUCUGAGGGACGCUUUGCCUCUUCCUACAACUCAGCAGGAGCCACGCUCAGCGCCAUUGAAUCCGAUUCCGAAUGAACCACAGUCACACGCAUAUUCGAUGACUCAGGAACAAUGCGCACAAACGUCCAACAACGACUCCCCUGAUCUGCAGUGGUCAGGCAUGAUGAUCAGGGGCGCGUCCAACAGAGUCUUCUCCAAUGAUCAACCCCGUGGCAGUCGCGGGCGUGGACGUGGACGUGGACGUGUAAAUUCGCGCGGACACUGGAAUAACGGCCGUGGACGCGGCUCCUAG